CAUUCAAUCCUAAAACAUAAACUUGUACCCAAAGAUCACAAUGAAUCAAAACCAAAAAGAGGAAAUAUAUGUGAAUGAUGAAGAGGUCAAAAAGCUAAUGCAAUGCCUUCCAAAAACCAAUUUGAAGGGCGCCAUCAAUCCCACUCAAAUGGUGUUGUACGAAGGUUUCUGGUACUUCACCAAUUCAACCCUCUUUAGAAAUGUUCUCACCUUACAAAAACACUUUGUUGCUCGAGAUGACGACAUUUUCAUUACCGGCUUCCCUAAAACCGGCACAACUUGGUUGAAAUCCUUACUCUUUGCGGUUGUUAACCGCCAAAAUCAUCCUAUUAUUAAUCAAAUAAGCCCUUUACUCACCCACCACCCACAAGAACUUGUGUGUAACCUAGAGUCGGAUGUCUAUGAUGAGGCCUUUGAGUAUCCACGUCCACAUCACCUUAAUAAGGUUCCAUCACCUAGACUUUUUAGCACUCAUAUCCCUUACACAUCACUUCCUAACUCUAUCAAGACUUCUAGGUGUCGAAUUUUGUACAUUUGUCGAAACCCUUUAGACACUCUCGUGUCACUUUAUUACUUCUACUUAGGGUUUAUGAAAAAUAUGGCAAAUGAUGGAGAAGAUUUCGUACAACCUACUUUACUAGAGGAUAUCUUCGAAGAUUUUUGUCAAGGAAAAAUCCUAUUCGGGCCUUUCUUCGAACAUGUUCUUGAGUUUUGGAACUCGAGUUUAGAGCGACCUGAUAAGGUGUUAUUUCUUAAGUACGAAGAUUUGAAACACGAUCUUACUCCUCAAUUGAAGAGGUUGGCGGAAUUUAUAGGUAUGCCCUUUUCUACUCGAGAGGAAAAUGAAGGUGUCAUACGACAAAUUGUAGACUUCUGUGACAUUAAGAAUAUGAAGGAAUUGGAUGCUAAUAAGAGUGGUGUUAUUAACAAGUUCUUUGAGAAGAAGAGUUACUUUAGGAAAGGCGAGGUUGGAGAUUGGACCAAUCAUUUCACACCUGCCAUGGUGGAGAAGAUGAAUAAACUCAUGGAAGAAAAUUUUAAGGGAUCUGGUUUAUCCUUCAACAUAUUUUCUAAUUAAUUUCUUGAAUGGUUUUUGUAUAAUAUAUUGUAUGCUUCCCUUUCCUUCAUUAUAUUGAACUAAUUUCUGUUUUUAUGAGAAUAAUGGGUUUGUUAUGUUCCCCUUGA